CCCACUCAUAUAUGUUUAGGGUUUAGGGUUUAGGGUUCACCUCUCACGUGAUUCUGCAUUCCCUCCACGCAGCUUCAUACACCUUUCAUCAUUUCUCUGCAAAUCCCUAAUACGCUUUUGCGCAUUUCUUACAAAUACGAAAUGCUUCACUUCACACAACACCAAGCUUACCCUCGUAACCUGCCUGCUCCAUUUUAACAAUUUCUUGGCCCUUCCCCUUCCUAACAUUAAGCCUGCUUCCAUCGCUUUACUUUAUAAUCCUCUUUCACUGCGACACGAUUCCAUGGCGUCUAGUUCUACCACUGGGAGCAAAGGAAACGCUGAGAGUAUUGAUGCAUUUCAUGGAAUCGCACCACGUACACCUACCUGUGCCUCAGAACCCAUGAAAAAGCCAGCUUACGAUGUCUUCAUCAAUCAUCGUGGACCAGACGUCAAAUCCACUGUAGCUAGCGUUCUCUAUGGCAUUCUUACUGGCAUGCAACUUUCAGUUUUUUUGGACUCAAAAGAGUUGGGAAGUGGUGAUUUUUUGCCCCGAGCAAUAGAAGCAGCAAUGAGUAGCGCUUUACUUCAUAUAGCUAUUUUUUCGGAGAGGUAUGCAGAAUCACCUUGGUGUUUGGCAGAGCUAUCAUUCAUGCUAAAAUCUGGCGCCCCAAUUAUUCCUAUUUUCUACUAUGUAGAUCCUAGUGAGCUCAGACGGGUGGACCAAGGGAACGAGGGAAGGUAUGCGCAGUCCUUCAAGAAGCACGAGGAGAAGGGUAGAUAUCUGGAACGACUUGAGGAGUGGAAGAAGGCACUCCACAUCGUCUCAUUUUACUCUGGUCUAAUUAUAAACAGUAAAGACGAUGAGGAUAGAGUGCUGAAGAAUAUGAAGAAUAUUGUAGUGAAAAGCAUAAAAAAUGUACCAUUAAAGGUUGCAGAGCAUCCAACAGGUCUGGAAGAAAUAGUGAACGAUUUUGAGGAGAAUACAACCCAAUCUGUUGAAGGUGAUCAGGGUGUACGAAUUAUUGGAAUUUGGGGUAUGGGUGGUUCUGGAAAGACAACCCUUGCAAAAGAGUUGUAUAAUAGAAAAUUUCUUUUGUUUGAGCGGUCCAGUUUUGUGUUUAGUGUUCGAGAUGUCUCCAUUAAAGAUUUAUAUCAGAAGCAGAAAAAAAUACUCCAAGACUUUGGUGUCCAAAACGCAUCAUUUGACAAUAUUGAGGAAGGUAAGGAAGCUCUUUCAAGGCAAUUGAGAUUUAGAGUAUUGAUUGUUCUUGAUGAUGUGGAUAGUGUGAAUCAAUUGAAUGCUCUGUUGAUAAAAGAUAGACUUGAAAGGGGCAGCCUUAUCAUUAUUACCACAAGGAAUUAUGAUGUUCUUAAAACUUGGGGCAUCACUUCUAUAUAUAAAAUGAAAGCUCUUGAUUCAUUAUAUGCUAAACAACUUUUUUGUUGGCAUGCUUUUACCCAAGCUUCUCCUCCAGAUGGGUUUGAGGAGCUUGUUAAAAUGUUUUUGGAGGCUUGUCAUGGAUUACCUCUAUCUCUCAUGGUAAUCGGAGCACUACUUUAUGGAGAGUCUUGUAAAAAACGUUGGGAGUCUUUGCUACACAAGAUUAAAAGGAUAUUGCCUGAUGAUAUCCAACAAAUACUCAAAAUAAGUUAUGAUGCCCUUGAUGAAGAAGAAAAAGAGAUGUUUCUGGAUGCUGCAUGUUUCUUCAUAGGAGAAAAUUACACUUUACCAAUUGAAUUAUGGGAUGGAUUGGAGUGGAGUGGUCAGUACACUUGGGGAAGGCUUUUGAAUAAAUGUUUGGUUGAGUGUGAUGAAUACAAUUAUAUAAGAAUGCAUGACCACAUAAGAGAUUUGGGAAGGAACAUAGCUGGAAAGCAGUCACCAUAUCGCUUUUGGCUUCAUCAACCAAUUAUUAAUGUUCAGAAUGAAAAAGAGAACAGAGUCGGCAUUCAUGGCAUAGUAGCGACCCCAUAUCGAGUAGGCUGGAGUAAUAUUCAUGGUACAAAUAAGACCACACCAGAGGCAGAAAUGGUCAGAAUAACUGGUGAGGUUGAUUUUCGAGUUUGGUGCUGGAAUGGAAAACUUAACGUAAAAACAAAUAGCGGAACCUGGUUGCUCUCACCCUCUUCAGUUGGACUCAAGUAUUUAGUGAUUAAUGGAAAUUCUUUCAAUGAAGUAAUGGGUGAAGUAUCAGGAGAACUGGUUUGGCUCCGGUGGUUUGAAAUUGGGCAGCGAAAACUUCCGUCAGGGCUUUCAAAGUUGAGGGUUUUAGAAAUCUAUGGGAGGAGGUACGGCGAUGAAAAUCAGUUAGAAGAGCUGUGGGGGGAGACUGAUGAGGCCCCUGUGCAGUUAAGGGAGUUGAUUAUGUCUGAUUGCGACAAAUUUCAAGGUUUUCCAAAAUCAAUAGGACAUCUCAAUCAUUUGAAAAAGGUAGUAAUCUUCGGAGGCCACAAUGUUCGUCUGCCAGACGAAUUUUGUCUUCUCCGAUCGCUAGAACACCUGGUGUUAGAUGACUGUAAUAUACAAUCACUACCCAGCGAUUUUGGCAAUCUGAGCAAUCUGCGGUAUCUAAGCUUGUGCUGGAAUGAGUUGAGGAGGCUGCCUGCUUCUUUUAAAAACCUGAAGCUCCUGCAAUAUCUGAAUUUAAACUGUAGUAGUGAACUCACAUUCACGCCAGAGGACUUCAAAAACGUAACAAAGCUCGAGUUUCUCUACCUUACUUGGUGCAGCAAACUGGGAGAGUUGCCUCGUCACAUCACAAAUAAUGUAUCAUUGAGAGAGCUCGAUGUCCACACGUUCAGCAGGUUAAGGAAGCUACCAGAUGACAUCGGCCGACUCAGCAGGUUGGGACGGCUGACUAUAGAUGAGGUGUUGUCGACAAGCUUGCCGACCUCUCUUGGAGGUUUGUCUUCUUUGACGGAGCUUUAUAUUGUAAGUUGUCCUAACCUCAAAAGUCUACCCGACUCUCUUGGAUGUUUGUCUUCCUUGACAAAGCUUUGGAUUCAAUGUUGUCCUGAGCUGGAGCGUAUACCAGACUCUCUUGGAGAUCUGUCUUCCUUGACGGAACUUUUAAUUUUGGAUUGCCCUAAAGUGGAGCGUCUACCCGACUCUCUCGGAGAAUUAUCUUCCUUGAAAAUUAGAAUUGAGCGAUGCCCAAAGCUGGAGAGUCAAAGGAGUGAAUUCAAUCAGGCAACUGAAUAAUCUUCAAGGGCUGAAUAUGAACAGAUAUUCAAUUAUAUUUGGCUGCUCUAAUGUAAAGCUAUAUUUUCUAAUGGUUUUCUUUCAUCAGAAGUGAUCAUGCAUGGUUUAUUCUAUAAUAUUAAUUUGCAACAUGCGACACCUGUUAAAGUCUUGAAGGAGAAGCUCAACAACAACCUUGAAGUUCAAUCACAAUUAUCUAGAGUGCAAUCCCAGUUGGCAGUUAUAGCUAAAGACCAUAAUGGAUCUCUUCUUGCAAUGUUUAAGAUCACUACUUAUGAUCAUAUACUUUGUACUCUUGGAGAAAAAUUUGUUUUCUUGUAGUGUAUCUGAUUGUUACUCAAAUCUUUAGCUUUCA